ACUUCCGGUGGCGGCAGCUGGAGCGGUUCGGCGUUCAUGGCCAGGUCCUCGAAGCUGGUGUGGGCUUCCUUUCAGCGUCAAAAGUUCCACACCAGUGGGAGUUGCUUCAAGGGCCGGACGGGCGCUGAGCACCUGUGGCUGAUGCGGCAUUUGAGGGACCCGUUUGUGAAGGCUGCGAAGGUGGAGAGUUACAGGUGUCGAAGUGCCUUCAAGCUCCUGGAGGUGAACGAGAGGCACCGGAUUCUGCGGCCUGGCCUCCGGGUGUUAGACUGCGGCGCCGCUCCUGGCGCGUGGAGCCAGGUGGCUGUGCAGAGUGUCAACGCUGCAGGCACAGAUCCCAGUGCUCCUGUUGGCUCUGUGCUUGGGGUAGAUCUCCUUCACGUGUCCCCCCUGGAAGGAGCAACUUUUCUGUGCCCUGCCGAUGUGACUGACCCAAGAACCUUGCAGAGAAUCCGAGAACUGCUUCCUGCUGGGAGAGCAGAUGUGAUUCUGAGUGACAUGGCACCCAACGCCACGGGGAUCCGGGGCCUCGACCACGACAGGCUCAUCAGCCUGUGCUUGUCCCUUCUGGACAUGGCUCCAGAAGUCCUGCACCCUGGGGGAACAUUGCUGUGUAAAACCUGGGCUGGAAGUCAAAGCCAUCGGUUACAGAAGAGACUGACAGAGGAAUUCCAGAAAACAAGGACUGUAAAACCUGAAGCCAGCAGGAAGGAAUCAUCAGAGGUGUACCUCUUGGCCACACAGUACCGAAGAGGGAAGGGGGAAGGUCUGUGAAGGAAUGAGAGUUUCUUCUGCGGUUUCUGGUUCUUUUUCACUGCAAAUGUAGCUUGAGCCCUUUCCUGAAGUGUGGCUGGGGAGAUCCGAGCUUGAUCUCGGAUGCAGCGGGCAGGACAAAUGGGGGACCUUUUUUUAAGCCCAAAAGAUGUGACAAACCUAUAUUCAGCGUCCAAGACAUAUGCUAAAAAAGUCUCUAUAACAUGAUUCGUGAAGAGGAAGAGAUAGGCAGAGAUUAAAGGAUGGGAAGGCAGACUGAGGGAAGGAUAAAAACACUGGCAGUCGGGCUUCCCUGGUGGCGCAGUGGUUGAGAGUCCGCCUGCCGAUGCAGGGGACACGGGUUCGUGCCCCGGUCCGGGAAGAUCCCACACGCCGCGGAGCAGCUGCGCCCGUGAGCCAUGGCCGCUGAGCCUGCGCGUCCGGAGCCUGUGCUCCUCAACGGGAGAGGCCACAGCAGUGAGAGGCCCGCAUACGGCAAAAUAAACCCAAACCAAACAAACAAAAAACACUGGGAGGCAGAGAAACAUACACAUGGACACCUUUAUGUAACUUUCUCUUCACACCCACGUUAGUAUGUUACAGAGAAACAGGCUUCCACCCUUGCUCCAAAACAACCCACAGGUUUCCAGGUGUUAUUUUGGGUUUACCGUGUAAUGUAGAAAAAAUCUGAAGUUUCAGUCUGGGCAUCUGUGUCCAUCUCUCUGGCGAAUGAUCUGGAAAUACAUCCAUUCUUCAAGCAGUGAGAGACCAAUCAGGGAAGACGUUUGGUAUGAAUUAUGCACGGGGUGGGUGUGCUUUGCUUUUCGCUGGGAUUGUUGCUGUCAUACUCCGGCCUCCAAAGACUUACAGGUAAGUGUGCCGGAGCAAGCGGAGAAGUGGUGUGUGCGUUUGUUUCCUUCUACUCUUCCGGGAACUCGAUGCAACUUUACAAAACAAUACAGGCCGUAUUACUUUAUGGAAUUCCAUGCUUUUAAGUUCAUCUUUUGAAAAAUUAAUUUCUUCAAAACCAUUUCCUGGAGGUAUGCUCAUCUCUUAAGAGUUUAUUGAUUGUAAUGAUGAUUAAAUGUGUAGACCGAAAAAAGAACGCACCACCUAAAA